ACAUGUACUCCCAGCAGAAUUAAUUUCACUCUGGAUUUUUUGCUGUGUGAACUGUAUAUAUUUAUUAUCGAGAUGUCUCUCUCUUUGUAGAGCUUUAGAGCAGACUACACUUAUUCUGAAGCUUUAAACUGGAUCAGCAUUGUGGGAUGCAGUCUGUCUAUUGUGGGUUUGGUCCUCACCACAGUUUAUCAAAUUAAGACCAGGAAACAGAGAGGAGUCAACUCCACUAUGCUCUUGGUGAACAUCUGUUUGUGCAUGACCACCUAUUACCUGCUCUUCAUUUUUGGGAUCAACAACCCGGUCAAGAGCUCAAAGGCAUCAGUUUCAGAGCAGAAUGUUAUUCCUUCUUCAGAUUUGCAGGAGAUAGUCGAUCAGGGUCCUUGUACAGCAAUCACAGCUCUGUUGCAGUACUUCCUGCUGGCCACGUUUGCCUGGAACAUCCUGUAUGCGGCUCAUGUGUUUUUCCUCAUUAGAAAUGCCCUCAACGGUCCGCCCCGAGCUUUCCGCACCAUCGCCAUGAUACUCGGCUGGGGUCUGCCUGCUGUUAUUGUCGGCAUCUCACUGUCCACCACCUACAGCUUUAGGAACCCUUUAGGUUAUCGACAAGAGGAGUUGUAAGUUAAAAAUCACUUU